UAGAAUGUACGCGGCCGUUUCUAGUUUGUACUAAUUGUAAGUAGCGAGUAAUUAAUGCGGUCGAUUCGAGUCCGAUCUGUCGAACCGCUGACCAACGGCAUCCAACGGAGCCAAUGUGGAGAGGAGGAGAGGAGAGGAGGGGCAGUUGAAUGGGUAGGGUUGUAGACACGGGGAUUGCAGGUGGGCCGCUGGCUACGUGGUGGGGAGGGGAGAGGAAGGGAGGUGGCGCAAAGGGGGAGGGGGUUGUUCCGGCUCGGGUACCGGCAUUGUUUCACGGUGGAUGAGAAUUUAAUUUGCACGACGAAGAGGGAUAGUUGGUAGCUAGAGAGAGGAGAAGGAGGGAGCUGGCACGAAGGAAGGUGGAAAACGGGGGGAGAGAGAGGAAAAGAUAGGAGUGGAAAAGGAGGAAGUGGGACGGAUGGGUGCUGCCUUGUUUAAGCGUGGGUGGGGGGUGUCAAAUUGAAUUACCCCCUGGUUUCACGGUCCCUGGGGACGUUUGCUGGAGCGCUGGCGCUCUCUGUGCUUCUACGUCAAGGCUAUACCAUCCCCCGUUCGUUGUAGAUGGGGUUUUAUCCGCGUGCACACCGUUCCACGGUUUGUAGCGGUGCACGAUGUACACGUUGUACCUUCAUGGAGGCGUUUUCAAUUAAAAUCAACACCGAGGGUUGCCUCGUAUUCUCUCUCUCUCUCUUUCUCUCUUCUCCCUCUUCCAUUCCCGUUCUGUCUCAGUUCCGUCGUUGGUUGGACGUCGUCUAUCGAUCACGCUGUCUCUUUCUCUCGUACCUGCGCAAAAUAGUCUUCUCCUUUUUUUUCUUCUUCUUUCUCUCUCUUUCUCUCUCUCUUUGUCUCGUAUUCGGUUGGUCUCUCUGUCUCUUCUCUUUGUUAUUAUAUACCCGUUUCUUUCUUCUCUUUUGCUUUGUUUCCUACUCUUUCCUUUCUUCCUUCCUUCUUUCUUUCUCUCCUUUUCGAUAGUUGCUUUGUUUCUGUUUCUUUUUUUUUGUUUUUUCUUUUUCGUUCUUUCCCUCCCCGACCCCGGCGACUGCCCCUCAUGAAAAAUUCACGAAUCUCACGACUCCCGAUGAAAUCUUGUUGCCGCGUUAAACUAAUGGAAGGUUGGUCCAUCGGUCCCGGAGCAUUUAUUUGUCGGUAUUUCGCCUCCCAUCUUGCGAGACGUUUCUCUCUUCGUCUAAGAGGAUAAGGAACCCGAUUCUCGGUCCUUUUGCCGUCUCUCCUCGUCGAUUCGCCGCCCGCUUACCUUUUUCUUUCGCCACCGAUUUCCCUCUCUCUCUCUCUCUGUCUUUUCGCCCUCCGUGGUGCGCGCAUCACCUUUGAUGGGGUAGAAUUCAGAUUCCAUCGAUUGCAAAUCAUUGCUUUAUGCCAAAUUGCUCCUUAUUAUGUACGGAAUAUGAUAAACGUUGUAACGAAAAUUUUAAAUGAUGUCGAAUUAAGAAAACGGUAUUAUUAGUUGUAUAAAAAGUUUAUAGUUCCUUUUUUUGUAACGAAAAAAACGAACGAUCUUCCGAGAAUUGAAUUUAAUCACGCACGAGGUGCAACGAGGUCAACUUUGUAGUUAUUAAUUAACUGAACAAACAGCAGUAUCCGAAGAAAAAACGAUUUAAUCGAAUUGAAUGCGUAUAUCCAUAUCCGUAUCUCGGUUUUGAUCGACGAGAGCGAUCGAUAGAGCGUUGAUAAGUAUAAUUGUAAAAUGGGAAUGGAAGAAAAGGAAGAAAGACGACGAAGGAAAAAAAAAGUACGUUCUCUCGUGUAUCGUAAGAACGUAACUGGAACGAAAUUUGAAUAUAUUUUUCGAGAAAAUGUUUAAUUUUCGUCGAGAGAUGGGUUUGCGAAAUGAUAAUGAUGGUGGCGAGUGUUUGUUGAAAAUUGAUCGUUAUUUCUCGAAUAUUUCUCUUCUUUUUUUUUUUUUUCGCAGUAGAAUGGACGGGCCGGCGGUAUUAUCGAUGCCGCCGAUAACCGCGCCCCAAAAAUCGGCACAAUCGCCGCAGCCGCAGUCGCAUUCGAAAUCCAAUCAGGAGUUGCAGGUGGGCACCGUGUCCCUUUACGGAAUUCACAUCGUGUCGCUGGUGAUCGAGGGCCAGGAGAGGCUCUGCCUGGCCCAGAUCAGCAACACGUUGUUGAAGCAGUUCAGCUACAACGAGAUCCACAACCGGAGGGUCGCGUUGGGCAUCACCUGCGUCCAAUGCACCCCCGUCCAGUUGGAAAUCCUCCGCCGUGCCGGUGCCAUGCCUGUCUCGUCGAGGAGAUGCGGGAUGAUCACCCGGAGGGAAGCCGAGCGCCUCUGCAAAUCGUUCCUCGGCGACAAUGCGCCACCCAGACUACCCGAGGACUUCGCCUUCUCGGUGCACCACGAGUGCGCGUGGGGUUGCCGGGGCGCGUUCCUGCCGGCCCGUUACAACAGUUCCCGCGCCAAGUGCAUAAAGUGCGCCUACUGCGGCCUCUUCUUCUCGCCGAACAAGUUCAUCUUCCACUCGCACAGGAUCGGCCCCUCGGACAAGUACGUGCAACCGGACGCGGCCAACUUCAACUCGUGGCGGCGCCACAUGAAGCUGUCCGGGAAUCCGCCGGACGAGGUGGUGCACGCGUGGGAGGACGUGAAAGCGAUGUUCAACGGGGGGACCAGGAAACGAUUGCUCAACAACCCGAGCUCGAGGGAGUCGCCGAGCCCUGCCAAGCAGCCGAGAUCCUCGCCCACCGCUCAGAUACCCACGCUUGUCCCCUCCCCCACCCAUCCACGGGUGCCCCCGUUCCCGGAAUUGCCUCUACCGCUGUCGAGGAGCCUGGUGAUGGACUACGUGUGGCACCAGCAUCAACAGGCCGCCGCCGUCGCGGCGGCAAAGACGCCCGGAUUCCCAUUCUCCCCGUACGCUUUGCCGUGGCUGGCCAAGAGGGGACCGGUCCUCUUCCCCGGCCCUCUACCACCGCCGAUAAGCGGUUCCAGCCCCACGGAACCGCUCAUACCAACGGUGAACCCGUCGUUGCAUCAAUCCGCCUUUCGCCCCGUGAUUCGUGGCCCGCCGAUCGUCGAACCCGUCGCCCAGGAACACCCCUCGGAACACACGCCCGCGUCCCACAAAGAGGACAACUCCGACGACGAGGUGGACAUCGAGACGACCGAGGACGAUUCGGUCACGCCCCUCAACAUCGCCCCGCAGAACCUUCAUCAUUCCGUCUCGAAUUCCGCAACCGGCGGAAGUCACAGCGGCCGCAACUCGCCCCAGUGCUGGAGCCCCCCGAGAGAAACCGAACGAGAGGCUGAAAAGAUAGCGGAAGAGGCGGCAGCUAUGCGCGACGUUAAACCGGAACUUCAACCCGCAAGAAGUCCCGACACCUGGCAGGGAAACAACUUCUACCGACAUCUGAAUGCAAUAAAAGGCGCGGAGCAGGCCGAGAGGACGGGCACGACGGAUUGUUCCGCCUGCCAUCCUCCGCGAGGAAUAUUUUACAGCCAGAUUCAUAGCCCGUCUGCGCCCACUAAUUAAUCGGCACGAGAUGCAGCGUUGGCGGGAGGAGAAGUUGAGGGGAGAGGAGCAGGCGGCGGCGGCGGCGGGGUGGGAGGGGUUUGAAGAAGGAGGACAAAGGUAGGAAGGAGGAAGAGGGGGAAAACGGCGGGAGAGGGAGUGGAAGAGGGAAGGAGGGAGGGAGGGGGAGAGAGGUGGAGAGUAAUUCAAAAAGACACUGUAAAUUAGGGGUCUCCGUCAGUUAUUCAGCCUGGAUUCGUUGAAUUCCAAUUAGUUUAAAGCGCGUUUAUCUCACGGUUACGCGUUCUAAUUAUUUUUUUUCUCUCCCCCCUCCCUCUUCUUUUUCCUUUUUUUCCAUUCCUUUCUCCUUUCCACCCUCCAAGUCAACUUCCAAGUGUGAGCGAACGAUGGCAAGAUUUGAAUUAAUUAAGAUGGAGAUAAGUAAGUAGGUGCUCGAAUGAAGUUUCCAAAUUCUCGAAACGUAAUUUUUCGUUCUUCUCUUUGAGAAUAUUUAAAGCAUCCGAGCGAUUUGGAGAUCUAUCUAUCACAGUCGUUUCAACGCGAUCUUUUUAAACGAAACGAUAAUUGAUAAUCGUGAUCGAGGAUACAUAAGAAGAGAUGUUAACGUAUUUUGUACGACAAGAUGCGGAUGGAUACGGGAAAGAAGAAAAGGAGAAGAAAAAGAAGAGAAAAGGUCGUGAAUUAAUUUUGUAGAUUAAUUACCGCCCGCACAAAGAAACAUUAUUAUAAAUAUUCGUGUGAUUAAUUUCCACGAUACGCAAGCAUAAAUUAUAUAUCGCGUUCGAAGAGAGCAUUCGAAAUGGAGAAAAGAAAUUUCGCUCAAAUCUUGUAUCUAGAUUAAAAAAAAAAGAGAAAAAAACGAAAAAAAGGAAAAAAAAAUAUUUAUUUUCGAUUCUACUUACGAUCUCGUUGACGUGAUACGCGAUGCGUCAAUAAUAAUCAAGUUUCAAAUGCACAUAGGGAAGCGGACAUAUUAUAUUAAGACAUAUCUUUGUAACGAAACAUUUACGAGAGAAAUGUUGCGCGCGCGUGCGCGUGUAAAAUGGCCAGAAAAGAUAUUAUGUAUACAGUUAGUUGAACGAACUUUCAAUAAAAUAAUAUAAUAUAAGAAACACAGAUUAUGAAAAGUGAUGAUUGACACUCGAUCCCUUAGAAGAAUUAUUAUUACCGACAAUUGUAGUAAUUGUAUGAUAUUGUUUAAAAAAAAAUGACUAUUUGUUAAAAACUAGAACUACCAGACUUUUCCAACUUUCUUCGUUUUUAUUUUUUUUUUUUUUUUUGCGAUUACCGAGGAAUAAGUAUUGUUGAUAACGAUUAAUUAAUUUUAGUACGAACGUAGCAACGUAGCCAUAAUUCUACUUUAAAUCCAGUCCAUCGUGUAUAACGUAUAAAAUCCAUAUAUAAAUAUAUAUAUAUAUAAUCAUACGUAUAUAUAUGUAGGUCGGUAGUUCUAGCAUUAAUCAGAUUACUUAACCUAAUCAGUCUUUCCGAGGUUUAAUUCAAUGCGUUUAAUUCGAUUAAUUCGGAUACGCGGAAUUUCGAUAAAUUUCCACGUUCAUCGUUUCAUUCAAUAAAUCAAACGUCGCGCAUAGUUGUUCACGCUUGAUCGAGUUUACGUUGAUACGCACACGAGUCGAGUAAACUAAAUCAAAUCAGAUAUCAUAAAUCGGGUAUCAUCCCUUCGUAACCACCCUUUGUAAUUAAAAGAACAAAUUUUUUCCCACUUUUCUCUUACUAAAUUCUCCCCCACCCACCCCCUAUAUUAUAGCACAGUGGGUCACCAAAUUAUAUUUUACAUAUUCUACGCCAAGUAUCAAGAUGAUCCUCUUUCUCUCUUAACUCAAAAGCGGUGCCAUCAUCCAGUUCAUCCAGUCUGUUAAUUAAUCCUUCUUUUUUAAAAAAAGAUUGGAAGACACUGUUCUAUAUUAUAGCAUAGAAAAUUGAAACGUACGUACGAGUUCCAGGAUUAAUGAGCACGAUUCGAGAACCGGCCACACGCUGAAGAACGCUAAUUCUUUCCUUUUGCAUUGUAAUAAUUAUUCCACUUAGUGAAACGAGGAGCCAAUGCAGCUUGAAAUUGGCUUCUCGGCGCGAGUCGAUAUGCUGUGCAAUAUACUCUCUUUACGGUUAUUAGCCUGCCGAGCGAAUGGCUUGCGAUCCACUGGACAAAGGGAGGAUCGUGAGAAAUAUUCGAAACGGCGGGUGUUCGGUGGAGUAAUGGUGGAUGACGAGAAAGAGAGGAAAGAAAAAAGAAAAGAAAGAAAAUAGCGGAUUCCAUCCUCCAUCGAAAAUCGUCCCUGUAAUAUCGAGCGAAGAAUUUAUCGAUCGAUGGGGAGAAAUCUGAAUAGCGCGCGAACGUCGCGUCUCGAAGCGACAGAAGUAACUUCUCCUGCUUUUUAUUCUCGUAGAGUACCGGUGUGUAUACGCAAACAGCUGUAAGGAAUGCCGCGUAGAUUGUGCGAAAACGAGUAAAAGUAACAAGUGUAUAGGAGACGCAAUAUAUUGGAAACACUAUGUGUAAUCCGAGUAAUAAUAAAAGUUCUGAUCACUGGUGUA